GGCCGGGCGGGGCGGAGGACGGAAGUUCCGCGAUGCGCAGGCGCGUCAACCGUCCCUCGCUGGGCGCCUGUCUGGGCUUGCUGUGGGGACUGCUCGGCGGGAUCCUCGGAAUCCCGGCUCGGUUCUCCGUCGUCGCGGGCAGUCCGUCUCUCUCGGAAUUGGCCUGCUCCUGGGGAGGCGACGACAUUGUCCAGACGCCGUCCUGUUCCCUGCAGGGACUCGGCCCGGAGCCCGCAGCAUCGCGCUGGACAGUUUUGACAGGUGUUGGUCGCCGCGGAAUAAAUGGCUGCUGGACAAGAUCGAGUGGUUGCUCUUGUAGAUAUGGAUUGUUUCUUUGUCCAAGUGGAACAGCGGCAAAACCCUCAUUUGAGGAAUAAGCCUUGUGCAGUUGUACAGUACAAAACAUGGAAAGGUGGUGGAAUUAUUGCAGUGAGUUAUGAAGCUCGUGCAUUUGGGGUUACUAGAAACAUGUGGGCAGAUGAUGCUAAGAAGUUGUGUCCGGAUCUUCUACUGGCACAAGUUCGUGAGUCCCGUGGAAAAGCCAACCUCACCAAGUACCGGGAAGCUAGUGUUGAAGUCAUGGAGAUAAUGUCUCAGUUUGCUGUGAUUGAACGUGCCAGCAUCGAUGAGGCUUAUAUAGAUCUGACCAGUGCUGUACAAGACAGACUUCAGAAGUUAGAAGGUCAGCCUAUCUCAGCAGACUUGUUACCAAGCACUUACAUUGAAGGGUUGCCCCGAGGCCCUACAACAGAAGAGACUAUUCAGAAAGAGGAAAUUCGAAAACAAGGCUUGCUUCAGUGGCUUGGUUCUCUUCAGAUUGAUGAGCCCACCUCUCCAGACCUACGGUUGACUGUGGGAGCAGUGAUUGUGGAAGAAAUGAGAGCAGCCAUAGAGAGGAAGACUGGUUUUCAGUGUUCAGCUGGAAUCUCACACAAUAAGGUCCUGGCAAAACUCGCCUGUGGACUAAACAAGCCCAACCGCCAAACUCUGGUCUCACAUGGGUCAGUCCCACAGCUUUUCAGCCAGAUGCCAAUUCGUAAAAUCCGCAGUCUUGGAGGAAAGCUUGGGGCUUCUGUCAUUGAAAUCCUUGGGGUAGAAUACAUGGGAGAACUGACCCAGUUCACUGAAUCCCAGCUACAGAAUCAUUUUGGAGAGAAGAAUGGAUCUUGGCUAUAUGCCAUGUGCCGAGGGAUUGAACAUGAUCCAGUUAAACCCAGGCAGUUACCUAAAACUAUUGGCUGUAGCAAGAACUUCCCAGGGAAAACAGCUCUGGCUACUCGGGAGCAGGUACAAUGGUGGCUGUUACAGUUAGCCCUGGAACUUGAGGAGAGACUGACCAAAGACCGAAAUGAUAAUGACAGGGUGGCCACUCAGUUGGUUGUCAGUAUUCGUGUACAAGGAGACAGACGUCUCAGCAGUCUGCGCCGCUGCUGUGCCCUCACUCGAUACGAUGCUCAUAAGAUGAGCCAGGAUGCUUUUGCUGCCAUCAGAAACUGUAAUACUUCUGGAGUCCAAACUGAGUGGUCCCCUCCCCUCACGAUGCUCUUCCUCUGUGCUACCAAAUUCUCCGCCUCUGCCCCUUCAGCUUGCACAGACAUCACCACCUUCUUGAGCAGUGACUCGAGUUGUCAGCCAAAGUUGUCAGCUGCCGGCUCUGGAGCUAAGAGCCAGGGGACUGGUCCAGCUCUGCCCACCUCUACAAAGGCAGCUACAUCUCUGGAGUCUUUUUUUCAAAAGGCUGCCGAAAAGCAGAAAAUGAAAGAGCCUUCCCUUGUACCUCUGAACACGUCCACAGACAAGUCACCAGCCAAGUCCUCGCUACCAUUCCAGACCAGCCAGACUGCAGGAAUUGAGCCCUUCUUUAAGCGGAAGAGGCUGCUGUCACAGCAGCCACAGCUGAAGAAUUCUUCAGCUCCUUACCUUCCACACAAGGACUCUGAAGGGGCAUCAAGCUGUUUUCCAACAGAGUAUGCAGAUGGUGGUCCUCUUUGUGAAAGAGUGUUGAAGCCAGUAUCCUCUAAAGCAAUUUCUACAGAAGUGGAUGUGGCUGGGAACAGUCCAAACAUGCUUGAUUCUUCAGUUUACAACUCUGAGGAGGUGGCCCAAAGGGCAACUGAGGACCAAGUGAUCUGUGAGAAGUGUGACUCCCUGGUUCCAGUGUGGGACAUGCCGGAACACAUUGACUACCAUUUUGCAUUGGAGCUACAGAAGUCUUUUUUACAGCCUUGUACUUCAAAACCCCAGGCUGUUCCUGCCAUGUCUCCUCAAGGCAAAAGAAAUCCCAAGAGUCCUUUGGCUUCCAGUAAUAAACGCCUUAGGCCCCAUGGCAUGCAGACACUGGAAUCAUUUUUUAAGCCAUUAACACAUUAAUACUGCCUCAGGCUUGCAGGAGAGCUUUACUAUCUUAUUUGUAACUUGAGAUGGAAUCAUGUUGAUUUCUCAAGGGAAUCUAUGAAUUUUUUUAAUAGAAAAUUAGGCUAAGUUUUUCUCUCUUCCAAUGGGAUUCUGAUCCUGUUGCUGAUCAAAAUGUUUUUAAGCUUUAGGGAGACACUGUCAUAAAAGGUGUAAGAGCCUUGGCAAACUCCUUCAGUUUUGAGCUAUCUCACUUGGUUAUCUAUAAAAUUGAAGACUAUUUUUUAUAUGUAUAUUUUGAUAUAUUUAGAGGUGUAACUAAAGAGAUACAGCCCCUCAAAAAAGAAAAAACAAGUCCUAACUUUAAAUUGGAACAGAAAAGGGGGGGAAAAUGGGGUUGGGAAUAUAUCUCAGUGGUGGAACACUAGCCUAGGAUAGCAUUUAAUUCCCAGUACUGGAGGGAAACAAAAACAAAACAAAACAGUACUAUAAACAUGGGCAGAUCCAAAAGGCUAAAGUAAGGAUUUAAUAAGUAAUUUUCUUAAUGAAAUGUGUAGUUUUCUUCAGCCACCUAAGUGUUGGGAUUAAAUCUUUUAGGCUUUUCUGAUAUGACCUUGAAUUAUAUAUGAAACCGGUAGUAGGUUCAAUGAGUAGGAAGAUAAGCAUACACAUCUCUCUUCCCAUACAUAAAUACAACUUCAUUUUACUUGUUUAUAAAUUGGGCCUUUGUAUUUUACUUCUCGGGGAAAGUUUGAAAUUUACUGUGUUUAGCAGGACAUGACCCCUUCCUUUGAAUUUACUGUGGCUUUUCCCCAGCUCAAUUAGUAGCUUCUUAAAGGAAGGCAAGAAUUCUUGCAGUGCCUUGCACAUAGCGUGUUAUGUUCUUCAUAUUGUGAAUGUAUGUAGUGAAAAAUUAUACAUCUGAUUGCCCAACUAGAACAAUAAAAAUGUACUCUCUGAGGA